AUGGGCACUGGUGGGGCUGCACUAAUUGCCACUGGUGAGGCUGCACUGAUGGGCACUGUGGGAGAGAAAGAAGCAGUUGGUUGCAUCCAGGGGCGGACUGACAACUCAUGGGGCCCCCGGGCAAUAGGGGAUCAUGGGCCCCUGUGUCCUUGCCCAAACUCAAAAAAGCCUAUGAAAAAGGUACCAGGGGCAUAUCAUGGGGCCCCUACUGACCCCGGGCCCUCGGGCAGUCCCCGAGUUUCCAAAUGGUCAGUCCGCCCCUGGUUGCAU